ACCCCUUUUACUGCCAUGUAGAUGGGUUCUGCCUCCUGUGAAGGCAACGUAGCAUGCAUGGAUUGAUGGCUGGAUGGAGGCACAAACACUUAACGAGAACGUCAUUGAUGUGAAAGGAGUUAUACCUGGCUUCCGUCGUACCGCUUGAGCUCUUCUUCAGUGAAUAAUCUCACAGGCUUGGUGGCUGGUUUGUAUUUUAACUUGACGUCGUCUGCCAAAGCAAGGCUAAUAAAUACAGUCAAGAACAGGCUAGCUCCGGCUGUUGCCAUGGUAGAGUGUUUGUUUGUUGGACGCGGAAAUGAACUCGCCGUUUCACUUCCUUGUCGCUUCUAAAUAUGGUCAAUGGUGCCUUUGGAGUAGUAGGAAUUGUCGCCGCUAGUGUAGGACGGCCCAAAUCCAUGUUUAAUAGAGGCAGCCUUGAUUGGAAAAUGUGGACUGGAUUUCUGAAGGUGCAUUAUAAAGUGUAUUGAAGUAAUUUCAUUGACCUACCAUUAGUAGUGGUCAAUGUUGCUGUUUUCCGUGAUCAGUUAAGGUCAGUGUUGCUGUGUCCACUGAAGGCAGCAAGCUAUUGUGGCGACGUCACAAUGUUCCCAAAAUAUACGUAACAGUAGAUACAUAUACUAUACAUUUAUGUAUUAGAAUAUAUAAGUGUAUUGGAGCCACACAACAAAAGGUAUUUGUGAAAAUAAACAUUAGAGAUGUUAAAAUAAACCCGAAAUCUCAAGCUUGUGGCAGACGUCUGAAUGGCACUGCAAGUAUUACGUGACCGAUUACGUUGGUAGCGUCAUAGUUUCAGCGCGCAUUGACGGCUCAAAACGGAUUGUCGGCUGUCGGCUUGACAGGUUGUUUUGGAGCUAACUUGUGUAUAUAAUAACCACCAAGCUAAUGAACAAUGCGAGCUUGUAAGGAGAACAUAGGCUAGGUUUUUGUGCGUUAUUGAUGGCGACCAGUGCUUCACACCUCUGUUUAAUGACAUAGGUUGCUUUGACUUCACUCUUCCACCAGAUGUACCUAAUGUUGCUUUCACUGAAGCACAAAGCUCCGAAUCUGCUCUGGCACAAUUUGAAGGAAAGCCUGAAAGCUUCAUGUUUGUCAAGCAUUGAAGAGAACUGAACAAAUUAGAACCGGUCACGAUCCAAUACCGAUACUACAAUGGUGUGGAAAAUGUCGACAUUUGGAUUCGUUCACAUACCUCUACUACAGUCUUCAUAAUUUCAUGGGUAAUGUUCUGCUUUUUUACUGAUAAUAAGCGAGAAAAGACGAGUGCAACUAACAAUCGACAGUAUUUACAGUUCCGGAAACGCGUACAUAAAUUUCAAUGGUAAAUGGUCUCUCACUUGUAUAUAUAUUAAAUUUAGUGCUUCUACGUAAAUAACUCAUUCUUCGCUACUCCACACUUGUUUUGGUUGUUGCGUUCUUCUUCGUCUGCUUCGAGUGGGCACAUUGCGCGUGUGCCUUGUCUUCUUCUGCUGUAGGAUUUAUACAGCGCCGCACACAGGCUGGCGUGUGUACUACACAGUUUUUAGCCACGUUAAGUGUUGAUUACUGUAUUUACCAAUACGAUAAGAAAUAUAACUUUUAGAAAGCGACAAAGACAAAUAAUUUUUUUGUUUCUUUCUUCGUCAGUCAGGUUUCUUAGUUCUUCUUAGCCAGGACCCAAUUAAGACACGUCAAGGACACAAACCUUUGACUUUGGCACCCUAAGGGCGUGUCUUCCUAUCAUGGGAGGGUCGUCUGUUUCCAAACCUCCUCCUCCUCCUCCUCGCAGUGUGCUUUCCUGUCCUCGCUUUUUGUGAUCUACAUGUGUCUUUUAAAAAUGUUGACUGAAAGCUGUCCUCCGAGUUGAAAAAACUCCAAAAGUCCUUUUUUGGAGAAAUAGUCCUAGCGAGGAACCAAAGGAAUGCUCGGCAAAGACAACGCAUACCAAGAGUUCAGCGAUGAUGACAAUGCAGAAAACAACACAGCGUCUCCAGACCGCUUUGGAGACAUCAAGGAUCACGACGACAGCAUUUCACCAGAGGACGACGUGAGGAGCAGCAUGUUGUCCAUGAUGGUGAGCAAGACGUGCCUGAAGAACGUCUUCACAGUGGUGCUCAUCUUCAUCUAUGUGCUACUGACGGCUGUGGCCGCCUUUCUGGCCUACCAGACCAUCUCCGACUUUCUGGAUAAGGUCAACCAUCCCGUCAUGUCGGUCACCUAUAAGGAGGUGGACACCUUCUCCCCACCGGGAAUCACUCUGUAUCCCGGGAACGCCCAGCUGCUGAGCUGCCACCACCAUCGCCAUGACAACAUCCCACCCCUAGUGGACCCCGGAAAGCCCCAAGUAGGGGACUGCCUCAUCACAGAGGUUACCUACGUAGGACCCUUCUCCAAUCAAACACAGUCGGUGCCGAUGUCGCAGAAGAAGGCGCUGGUGGUCCGCGGCCCAUCGGACGUCAGGAACAAAGAGCUGAUCUUCAUGCAGUUUGGUCAGAACAAAACGGAGGAGGACUUCAGCGCCAUCACCUACAUGCUGUUCGCUAAGUAUAGCGACCUCGCAGACAGUGUGAAUAAAUCCGAGUUCAUGAGGCACUGUGAGAGGAAUUACUCCACAUGGACUUUGUCCGGGGGAUUCCGAACCUGGGUCAAGAUGUCCUUGGUGAGGACGACGGGGAAAAGCAACGAAUCUGUGCAGUUUCUUCAAGAGUCUACUGUGGUCAAAUUUAACGACAGGAGGCCGGAGUCUGAGAGAAGCACCAAGCUGUUCUUUGCUGUUUUUGAGUGGAGGGAUCCUUUUAUGCAAGAAAUUCGACUGAUUGUGACUGCAAAUGCAUGGAGUUCGGUGGCCAUUCUUUGUGGCGUUUUCAUGGCUUUCUUCAAGGCGGCCAAUUUUGCCAAACUGAGCGUCCAGUGGAUCAUCAGAAUGCGCAGGAGGCACCAGAGGAACAAGGUCAAGGAGCUCAACCCUAUCACGGAGGAGGGUUCAUCCAAGUGAUUGUGUUUCUGUUCAACUUGCAGUCAGUGCGGAGCUUUUAAUUUGUUACUGCAUUAAAAAGGGGGGGGGGGGGGGGGCUCAGUCACAUCUUUGCUGCGGCCAGUAGCUACAUUUCCAAAUCUGAGGCAUUUCUUGCCAUUAACAUUUCUGCAAAGGCAGUUUUUAUGCACACAAAUGAACAUUUUACUGAAAGACACUGAACAUGUUUAUUGUUCUGAUGCUUUAUUGUAUGAGUAAAGCUGAAUGAAACUUGGGAUUGUUGCACAUGUUUAUUGCCUUAUUCCAAAAAAUAUUGCAAUUGAUGUGUCCACAAACACUAUACAUCACCAAUCUCAGUUGUAUGUUGAUCAAGGGAAUUGUAAUUUGCACUGUUUUUUGUUGUAGUGAUCUGCUCUUAAUAGUGUUGUUGCUUUGCAUAGUCAUAGCAAGCACCGUUGUUGUGUUUAUUCUAUCAGUUUUGAAAUGACUAGAAUUUGUCACAAUAAAAUAUGCAGUAUUUUUAUGCCUAUAACUUGCAGUGUUAUUGUGUUCCUCCGUGCAGCAUUAGCUGAACAAGAAAUCACCAGUGCAAAUGUUGUACAGUAUUAAGUGUUACGCCUACACAGACGCUAUUAAAGUCACGAGGAGGCGAUUGAUCAACAAGCUUUUUAUUGCUAAGAAAUAAUGGCUACUGCCGUUAGUGGCUCUUUCCCAACUGACCCCAAACGAUACGCCCCCCACCUCGGUGCGUUCAGGGCAAAACAUGGAUGUCAGCAUAACUUCAGGGUCGUUACAAUAUUGUUUUUAAGUGAACAAUAGUUGUCUUUCAUAAAAGUGGGACUGAUACAAAGGAAAUUUACACAUAUGG